AUUUUUUUUCUCCAUAGGUGUCAAUGCUGGUGAUAAUGAAAGUAGGGAGUUUUUUUUUCCUCCUUUGGUAUCUAUUAUCAUUCCACGCAUAUGCAAAGAAAUUCAAAAAUGGUGAGAAACCAGAUUGGGCCAAGAAAGACAUUCGUGACUUCAGUGAUGCUGAUCUUGAAAGGCUGUAUGACCAAUGGGAGGAGGAUGAAGAGCCACUGGAAGAAGAUGAACUGCCAGAGCACAUGCGGAAACCUCCUCCAAUCGAUCUCUCUUCGCUGGAUACAUCAAACCCUGAAGGAUUGCUGAAAAUGACAAAGCAUGGGAGGACACUUAUGAGUUUUGUUACCCUUCUGGGCACCCCCACCCAAUCAGAAACAGAAAAAAUCACUGGUCUAUGGCAAUCCAGUCUUCACAACAGUCACAUUCAGGCUGAGAGGUAUGUAAUAGGGGAGAAUCGGGUCAUAUUCAUGUACAAGGACGGUUCUCAGGCUUGGGAUGCCAAGGACUUUCUCAUCCAACAAGAAGAAUGUGGUGAGGUCAGCAUCGAAGGAAAGACCUACUAUGGAAAGAACAAUCCUCUGUCUGUGUCAAGGAAGAAACUUAAAAAGGGGGAACACUCAGGACAUCUGAGAAGUGGAAAGACACGUUCACGACUUGGCAUUCCUGAUUUUGAUGGGAAGCCUGAGAUCAUUAAAAGGCAAGACAGGAAGAGAAACCACACAACAGGUUCUGAACUCCCUCCUCUAGAAACAGAAAAGACAGACCAAGAAAAGUUAUUGGAGACUCUGUUGUUUGGAGGGGAAGAUUUAGUAGAGAGUUUUGAAGGCAUGGGAAAAGAAGAGCAUAAGGGAUUAAAAAAGACAGAUGAAACAAAAAGCAGUGAUGAAGAAGAUGAGCAUGAGGAAGGCAAGCAGGGACAGGGAAAGAAAGGAAUCUUUGAUAAUGACCAGCCAGCACCAGCUUGGAUUGAUGAUGAGGAAGAGAGCAUCCAAGUCCAAGAUAUCAUUCCUAAAGCUGGGAUAUCUCUGAGAAAUCCCUCCAUUCCUUACAAAGAGUUUUUGAAGAAGAAAUUUUCCCAUAUUGCUGGUGCUACACCAUCAUGGGCAGAGAUGAAAGCAAAGGAAAGGAACUCCUCAGAUUCAGAAGAUGAAGAUGAUGUCAUGCUCAGAAGGACAGGUGCAUUUGUAGAGCAGAAAGGCCAAGUCAGCAGUAACAUGCUGAAAUAUUCCCCUUUGAUGGAUCUCAAUAUGGGCUCAUCCAAUGGUGGCAUCAUCCGAGCCUGUGAAUUUCAUCCUUGGGCUCAGGUUGCUCUUCUUGCUUCCCAUCAAGGAACAGUUUCCCUACAUGAGGUGAAUGGGAGGGACAAUCCACUUAUUCAAGCAGUGCACUUUAAGAAGUACCACAUCAGAUCUGCUCACUUCUGUCGAAAUGGAGAAGAAUUCAUUGUUGGAUCAAAAUGCCCAUAUCACUUCUUCUCUUAUGACAUGAAGAAAGGAAAGAUAAUCAAACACUUUCUUCACCAGAAAGAGCAGAGUAAUUCUGAGAAGUUUCUCGUAUCACCAGAUGGUCAAUAUAUAGCAUUUUUAUCUGCAUAUGGAGCCAUUCAGUUAGUGACUGCAAGAACAAAGGAAUGGAUUGGAAUGCUCAAAGGGAAUGGAGAUGUAGCUGGUGCAUGCUUCUCCAAGUCUGGCAAUGAUCUCUUCACUUUCACUGAUUCUGGACUUGUGUAUACAUGGGAUAUGAGGAGUCAGCGUUGUAGACAUAAAUUCCAAGAUUAUGGAUGCCUGCAUGGACGAACACUAAGCAUUUCUCCAUAUGAUCAAUACAUUGCCUGUGGUUGUUCAUCUGGCAUGGUCAAUGUGUAUGAGCUGCAAGAUGUGCUGCAAACUGGUAAUCCAAAGCCACUCAAGUCCAUCACUAAUCUUGUCACACCUGUUUCUCAUAUCAAGUUUAGUCCAUCAUCUGACAUCCUUGCCAUUGCUUCUGAUGAAGAAGACAAUGCUAUUAGACUUAUGAACACAAGGUUAAUGCAAGUCUUCCGGAACUUCCCUCAACAGAGACGGAACUUGAAAAAAGUGACUUGCUUGGAUUUCUCCCCCCAGGGUGGUUAUUUGGCCAUGGGAAAUAACAUUGGAAGGGCUCAAUUGUUCAGGCUCAAGGGGCAUCCAAGGUAUUGAAGAGAUGACCUAUUCUCCAUGGCCUCUAACUUCACUAAUUCAUUGAAUGAAGAAUCUUCAUCAAUCAGCUACAUGCAAAACUUUAUUGAAUAAAGAAUUUUCAUCCACUCCCUUCUCACAU